GGAGCGCCAUCCAUUUUACUAGGCCAAAGAAAAACUUGUUUUUGUUAAUUCUGGUGUUAAGUGUGUGGGAGCCUGACUUUCCCUGGGUUUAGGUAAAGGAGUUCUGAUAUAAUGGAACAAAGUUUUUCCAUUUCUGUUUCCGAGAAAACUUUUAUUUCUUUUCCAAUUCCAGGCCAGAUUUUAACUAUUUUUUUCUGGGAUUCCCGGAAAGCAGGGCUCAAAACGGUGAGCUGUGUUAGCCCUGUAUACCCCAACAACAACAACAACUCUACUUCACAUUUCAAGAUUGCAAAGGUUCAUAAAGGCUAAAAUGGAGGACGACAACAAGAACGGCGAGGUAGAGAUCUUCCAGACAUUCGAACUGUCAGACGGUGCUCGUACGGUCACCAUCUUGGCCUCCAGGGAGGAGGAGGAGAGGAUUAAUAAAGAUCAAGAAUAUGCUACUCAGAGGUUCCUUUCUGCUGUGGGUGAAUAUAACAUUGUUGAAGGAGAGGAUGAUUUUAAUCAUAAUGCUACUCUGCUGCUCAUAGAAUGUAUUCGGGACCGAUACGAUCAGUUUUGUUCUUCAAGGCAAGAAAGAAAUCUGGUGUAUAUGGAGAUACAGGAGGAAUUGAGGUAUUAUUCCUAUACCUUUUCUAUUGAAAAGAUCCGCAGUAAGUGGAACAGUCUUGUUACAACCUAUAAGAGAAUUAAAGAUCGACAUAAAAUUGGUGGCAUUGGACUUGGAAGGAGAAUUUGGGACUAUUUUCAGCCUUUGGAUGAUCUCUUAGGGCCAACAUACAUAUCACCAGUAUCUUCUGGUCUUUCAACACCAACUAUAAGACUCCAAACACCUAAGGUCAGCAACCAUUCCCCUUCAGUGCCAACUGUCAUUCUCAAAACCUCAUCAUCCCCAGAGCUGUCAUCUACUCCUCCCUUGGCCUUCUCACCAGCUCUGCUUCAGUCUGCAUCUUCCACCAAUACAUCACAUGAAAUUAAAAGAAAAAACUCUGAUUCUGUCUUGGUCAAUCUUGAUUGCCUGGCUGAAAGAGGAAAAAAACGACAACAUAUGAUAGAGCAAUACUUUCAGGAAGUGAAAUAUAAAGAAGCAAAAGAGGAAGAAUAUAGAAAACGAAAGGAGAGGAGAGAGAGAAUUAAGCUUAAAGCACUGCAGAAAAUAGGAAAGGAACUUCAAAGCAUAGCAAAUGUGCAGUUGGAAAUAAUAAAAAAACAGGAUUUAAUUUUGGAAGAAAUUAAUCGGUGAAUUUGGGUUUCAAGAGCCCAUCAUACUACCAGUACUGAUUAUAGGAGUAUAUUCCACUGUUCUGAGUUAAUAUUUUAUAAGUACAAUGCAUCUUUCAAGAGGGAAGAAAUAUCUAGUUGUUAUUGUUUGAUUAAAUUAAUAUUGACAUUUUUGGAUUAAUGUUACCAUAACAUAAUUAUGAGGUAGAACAUCAGCCAUUGGUGUGGUACUGUUAAUAAUAUAUUCAGUACUUGGUCAGUUAGGUAAAAAACUGUUGAGUCAGCCCAGCAUCUGGACAAACAGUUGCAUGGAUGCAAUCUCACCCUCGGUAAAGUUUUCAUGUUACAGUGCUCAAGACUGCAGUGUUAGUGCACCUUGUAUUUUAAACUAGUGCUGUAUGUCUCUAUUGGGUUUAGUGCAUCCCCAUAAAUAUAAUGGUUAUAAUAAUUAUGUUAUAAGUUAAGCUUAAUUUAUGUUCUCUUAUUUAUUCAAGUUUUAGAUCUAGCAAAAUAAUAUUUAGCACUUUAAUUUAAUUACAAGUUUAGAAAGUAAUGUAUAAAUUAAAACAAUAUUUUAUAAUGAAAUGCUAUAUAGUAAACCAUGAGUAUGAGUGAAGUUGGAUUGCAUUAGAUUGUCUUAGUGUUAUUAAGAAAUUGUAAUGAAAAAUAUAUAGCUUGGGGAGAGGAUUGAUAUUGUGCGACAAAUUUAAAAAUUAA